AUGAAUGAAUCACUAUCAUCAACAACAAUGGAACAAUCGGAUUCUAGAUAUUUUUCACAACGAGCAAAACAUAUUUCUUUAUUACGUGAACAAUCUCCAUCUGUAUUUGUUAAACCACCGUUAUCAGAAACUCAUUUUCAAUUUUCUAAUCGUAGUCACAUGUCUAUAACCGAUACUCAAUUAACUGCAGUAGGACGCGGUCAUGGUAAUUUAAUAUCAAAUGAUCAUCGUCAAAUUAUUAGUACAGGUCGAGGUCGAACAACAAUUCCUUUAUCCUCAUUUAUAUUGCAAAAAGACAAUCUUUCGCCGUCGCCAUCAACUGCUCCGACUAUUUCAUCACCAAUAUUUGUUAUGCACGAGGAAGUACAAUUUGUUCGACCGUAUUUUGGACCACCAAGUACUAAUGAUAUACAAUCAUCAUCGACAUCUCAUAAACGAGAUAUUCUUCUUUCAGCCUUGAAAGAAAUUGAAUCAGGUUUAAAAACAUUGUAA